AUGUCGCCUGGAAAUGACCCCAAGCACGUGGCCAGUAUCAUGCUGUCAUGGCACUCACUCGACCUCGUCUCGUGCACCAACCUACAGACCCUGUGGGCAGGAUACGGACAAAUCUGCGCCAUCACCGCCCGGGCUUCUACUGAUACAGCGGCGGAGCAUUUGAGCAAGCUUUGUGGCGUGGAACCCGGGGCCGCUGGAGCCACCUAUCCUCUUAUUUUGAAACUUAUUUCACCCUCAAAGAAGAGCAUCAGCAAUUCGGAUGAGGGUCAUCUGCGAAAGAUGAUCAGCUAUGAGGUAGAGCAGAAUUUUUACAGCAAUGUGGUCCCCUUGCUAGACGACGACAUUGGCAUUGCGAAAUGCCUUGCGUCGACCAGGGGCAUGGGUGGCCGGAAGGACGAGGAGGAGCUCAAAAAUCUCAUGGCCACCAUCAUGGUGGAUUUGCGUCCAAAAUUUCCCGUGGCAGGCGGAAAGAGAAGUUCACUGAGCCGCACACAAGUUUAUGGGUCUCUGGACUGGCUAGCCAGGUUCCACAGUCGGUCAUGGGGCUUACUUCCAAAGAGCUUUGACGGAUUCGCGAUGCCUCCCUUGGAAGAAUCCCUUCGAAGACAGACCGCGAGCAAAGAUGCUGGCAAUGGGUUGUGGCUCAACGGAGGAUACACUUAUCUUGCGACACGACGUAAAGAAUAUGCAUCACUGGUCGAAGACACCUGCUCGGAGUGGUCAACAGCCUUGUGCGAGCCUUCAAACAAAUCCUCACUAUCUGUCGCUGAGAUGGUGGCACGUGAGUUAACGCCUUGUGGAAGAAGCGUCGAAUCUUAUAUCCACGGCGAUGUCAAAUCAGAGAAUCUCUUCACCACAGAUAGUGGGGCUGAGGUGGCGUUCUUUGAUUUUCAAUACGUCGGGCUAGGUCUGGGGGUCUGUGACCUCGCCAAAUUGUUCACCUGCUCGGUUCCAUUACAUCUGCUCACGGAUGACUUGCCUGAGAAAUUGACCAUGCAAGAUGGAGAAAGAAAACUGCUAGAGCGGUACCGCACGACCCUUCUCCAGGGUCAAGAUGCGGCCAUGUAUGAAUGGGAAACAUUCAAACGACACUGGGAGACCUCACUGGUUGACUGGUGUAGAUUCCAGGCUUCAUGGGGCUUCUGGGGAAACACAGAGUGGCUUGAGGCUCGUGUAAGAUCAAUCUUGGAUGACCGACAGUGGAGAGACUGGCUGCAUGAGAAUAUCAACGAUCGCCAAGAUUGA